AUGUUUGCUCUCCUGGGCUUAGUGGCUACCCUGCUUGCCUUCGGAACUGCAGCCCCACUACAUGGAGCAAAGAGCCUCAACAAGCUCCUUCUGGUCUCUUUCGAUGGUUUUCGGUGGAAUUAUGAUCAGGAUGUGGACACUCCCAAUCUAGAUGCCAUGGCCAGAGAAGGGGUGAAGGCACGUUAUAUUACACCUCCCUUUGUCACCCAGACAAGCCCGAUUCAUUUCACUCUCCUUACAGGAAGGUAUAUUGAGAACCAUGGGGUGAUUCACAAUAUGUGGUUCAACACCAGCACUGGACAGAAGCUCCCUUAUUACAACACCCAGGGGAGAUCUGAUUGGUGGGAUAACGGCAGCCUCCCGAUCUGGAUCACAGCACAAAGGCAGGGUUUGAAGACUGGCUCACUCUUUUUCCCUGGAGGGAAUGCAACCUACCAAGGUGAACAGGUCCAUGUAAAGAAGGUGGAGGCAUUCCUUCACAAUUACGGCAAUGAGGUUGAGUGGAGGCAGAACAUCGACACAGUCAUGAAGUGGUUGUAUGAGGACAAUCUCGACUUUGUUGCCCUUUACUUUGGAGAGCCUGACUCUACAGGGCACAAAUAUGGCCCAGAAUCCCAACAGAGGAAAGAUAUGAUCAGUCAGGUAGAUCGGACGGUGGGUUACCUGAGGCAGCGCAUCUCAGAAAACAGCAUGAAGUCAGCACUCAACCUGAUUAUCACCUCUGACCAUGGCAUGGAAACAGUCAUCAAAGAGAAUGAAAUUCACCUUCUCAAAGUGGCAAACUUUUCUUUUCAGGACAUUCAGUUUGAGUUGCUAGAUUAUGGGCCGCAAGGGCUUCUGGUGCCAAAGCCAGGAAAGCUAGACAAAGUUUACGAAGUCCUGAAAACAGCUCACCCCAAACUCCAUGUCUACAAGAAGGAGGAAUUCCCAGAGAGAUUCCACUAUGCCAACCAUACUCGGAUCACUCCGCUGGUAUUGUAUGGUGAUCCUGGAUAUGUGAUCCAUGGGAGACUCAAACUGCAAUUUAAUAAGGGGGAACAUGGUUUUGACAAUGCAGAUAUGAACAUGAAGACCAUAUUCCGAGCGGUGGGACCAGCUUUCAAGAGAGGACUGGAGGUGGAACCUUUUGAGAGUGUGAAUGUCUAUGCCCUCCUUUGCAAACUGCUGGAGAUAAUACCUGAACCACAUGAUGGAUCCUUGGAUGCCACGCAGGCAAUGCUGGUCAACAGUGGAGGUGUGGGUUUAGUAAACUUUCAGUAUUAUAACCACUAUCUGGGCAAUGAACUGAUUCAGUCAAAACUGAUAAAUUCUAAUGAACAAGUCAGUGCUGUAGAAUUUCAAUGA